GCUAUCAUCAUUUUCCCCUCCCUCUCCUUCCUCCGUCUCCAUAGUUUUAGAAGCCAUGAACGCAAAGAUCCUUGGGAGUGGUGGGUUAACUCUGGUGCUUGGGCAUGGGUAUGGAAGCAGCCAAUCUGUUUGGGAUUACGUCCUACCCGACCUGAUCAAAAGGUAUCGAGUUGUGGUGUUCGAUUGGAGCUUCUCGAGCUCCAUCGAACCCCCGAUUGACUUCGAUACCUCGAGGUAUUCUUCUUACGGUGCCUUCUCCGAGGACCUCAUCUCUCUCAUGGAUGACAUGAACUUAAGAGAAGUAAUAUUCGUGGGACACUCCAUGGCCGGCAUGAUCGGAUGCAUCGCGGCCAUUGAGAGGCCUGACCUCUUCAGUCACCUCGUACUCGUUGGAGCAUCUCCAAGGUACUUGAACGAAGAAGGAUACGAAGGAGGUAUGAAGAGGUCGGAAGUUGAUGAAAUACUCUCUGCCAUGGAAUCCAAUUUCCAGACAUGGGCUCAAAGCUUCGCCCCUCCCCUCAUUGGAGUAGAUCAUCCCGACUCCAUUGAAAAAUUUAUGCAGGAUUUCCUGAGGAUGAGACCUGAGAUAGCACUGUCAGUGGGGGAAAUGGUCUUCAUGAGUGAUUUCAGGGAUGUCCUUGAGAAGGUAGAGCUUCCAUGCACCAUCGUUCAGUGCACCGAUGACAUUGUAGUCCCAAUGAGUGUGGCACAUUACAUGCAGAGCAAGAUAAAGGGCAGGGUCUCCUUGGAGAUAAUUAAGUCUGGGCAUUGCCCUCCGCUAACUGCUCCGCAGCUGCUCAUCGAUAUCCUUGAUCGAGUCCUUAUCUCAGGCAACUGACUGUGGAGUACAAGAUGGUGAGGGUGCUAUGUGCUUGGUCUCUAAUUAAAUUACACGUAUAUUCGAUAUAUAUUAUACUUGGUUUAGAGUGAUCGUGUGUUCUGUAACGUAGUCUUGCCUCAUCACCAAGUACUUUAUGGACAGAUUUAGUAUGAAAGAUGGCGAGAGAGCGGACAUUAUGUUUACUCGGAGGUGAAUUUCUUGUGUCAAUUUAAUUGCAGAAUAACAAUGGCAUGUUAUACGCCUGAAUAUUGGUGAGGCAAGAGAUCUGUAGAACGUUGAGAAAUUAACAUAGUGCUCAAACAGGCUUGCUGACAACUAGUGCUCAAAAGAGAAGCUUUCCAAAACCAAGCAGAGAUCAAGAUGUGUAUAGGAAGAAGCAAAGUGGAUGGUGAUCUUGCGUUUUUAACUUCUUUAGAAAUGCUACAGGAGACGAACAUUUCCACGCAUUCAUGGCCCUUGGUGGGCCGAAAGAACUCUGCUACUAGCCCAAAGACUAUUGGCCAGUCGGCAAAUUUUUUAUGCACCAUGAGCAGUGUAGAAAAUUCGACAUGGAGUGCUACUAUCUUGUUCGAUUGAUCCACAUAGUCAUCAUUUUUUA